AACAACAUAACAAAAUAAAAAUGAUUAUUUAGUAAUAAAAAGUUGAUAGUUUGUCGUUUUCAUUCAUUCGAACAUAAUAGUUGUACAAACUGAACAACAACAACAACAAAAACAACACAUUAAACGGAAUCAAAUUUUUCAUAUCAACCAUCCAAUCAUUUUUAUGUUAUUUUCUUUCUGAAAAAGAUGGCUAAUAAAGAACAAGGUAUAAAAGAUGAUCAACAAAUAAUCGACCCAAGUGAAGAAUAUCGAACACGAUUUAUGUAUUGUAGUAUUGGUGCUACACUUAUGUGUCUGGGUGUUAUUGUAUUGGUUUCUGGUUUGGUUGUUUAUAUCCUAUCAUCUACUGGACCGCAUACCUAUGUGAACAAUAUGUUUUUCCAUAAUCCACAUGAAUAUAAUAAUAGUUAUUGGCCAAUAAUUGUUGCCAUUAUACUUUCAUCAUCGGGUAUUGCAUUCAUUACCAUUGCUAUUGUGUUUACAUUGUUCGCUUGUUUUAGUCAUGGAAGAAUUGAAGAUCAUUUCCGAAAUCAACAUCAAAUAUCAUCUCAACCGGUUCAUCAAAAUAAUCAUUCACAACAUUUUACAAACACCAGAAAUGAUCGAUCACCAGACAAAGCUAUUACAACACGGACACCGGUGAAAGCAACACAUGAUCCGUAUGAAGAAGAACGUUUAAUAUCAUCACCAACACCUAUUCUGGUACAUCCAUCAUCAUCAACAACAUCACAUUAUCCGAAUCAUCAACAAUCACAAAUUCAUCGUCCUGCAGCAAAUAUUAAUCGACAAGAAUCGAAUGAAUCUAAAGCACCGUUACUAAGGCGCGAAAGAAAUGAAACUCAUCAUCAAAUACAACCAAGUCAUUAUAAUCAUCCACAACAACAACAGCAAUCACAAUCACAUACGACGCCCGUAUUGACGGAAUAUGUUCAUCAUCCAAUACAAGCUAAUCAACAGCAGCAGCAUCUGCAACAACAACCGCCACUACAAAUGCAAUAUGUUCCUGUUGUUCCAUCAAAAACUGUGGAAAAACAAUCGGCAACAUUAACCGAGAUUCCUGCAACGAAUUCUCUAUCCUCCUCUUCUUCCUCGUCAACUUCCAUACAACCAUCAACAUCUAAUCAGCGGGGAGAUAUCAAUACCGUUGGACUUCCUUUGGUCAAUAAUGUGUCUAAAUCAUCGAAUCAUCAUCCAAAGAAAGUACCACCAAACGGUUUUAGUUAUCUAACACAUCCGGAAGAGAUUCAUAUAUUUCAUGAAUAUCAUCAUCAAAGAACUUCAUCAUCUGGUGGUAAUUUGAAUAACCAUCAUCAACAAUCACAUCAUCGUAAUUAUCCACAACCACCAACUGCACGAUCGACAGUUAGAACGACAAAUACAGCAUCGACAAGUCAUGAAUCAGUUCUUUAAUUUCAAUUGGACUAAAUUGGAUUGGAAAUUCAUCAUGAUAAGUAUAUGGAUUCGAUAUACAUAAACGAUUAAAAUAUGAUGAUGAUAAAUACUUUUUAAUUUAUGAAUACUUUACUGAUUUUUUAUGAUAUGUGAUAUAAAAAAUGAAUAA